AUGACAACUCCAUCUCUAGCAGUCUCUCUUCUUCUUUUGUCCCUCCUCCUUUCUGGGGCUCAAGGGAUUCGAUUGGAGAAAGGAUUCAUCUCUGUUACACAACAGAAAACUAAUAAUAAUUUACAAGAACAGGAAACUGCUUCAGUGAAAAGAAGUGCUGGUCCAGGAGAGUCCAGCAGUCUCUGCAAAGAUGGUGGAGAGUGUUCAUCAUCAGGAAAGACUAGAAAACUAAUCUCUAAGACAGCCUCUAGUGCUGCUACCACUACCACCACUUCAAAGAAUGACAAGGAUGAUGGAGGGAACAGAGGUGACCUGGACCCAAAAGGUGAAAAGGUUAAUAAUAAUACACAGCCUGGUGGGGAAGAUGGUGAUGUGAAAGCUAAGUCAUCAUCGGUUAUUUCAAAGCACCAGGAGCAGGAGGCGGCAGCAGCCCACCAAGUCCAACACUAUCCUGACCUCACAGACAUGACUGAAAUGGACUAUUCUCCAGCAAGGAGAAAACCUCCAAUACACAACUGA